GGAACAGUCUACAUGUUCGAUGGAUCGCUCAGCAAAACUACAUAAGACGGCCUCUUGGAUGAAUAUGCAUCGGCCUCAACACUCGCAGCACAUCACCAUACAGCAUGCGCUUCGUAUACGCAACACUCGUCUCUUCCCUUGUACUGACAAACGCAGCUCCACUAGCGGUAGGAGGCAAUCUAGCAUCUGCCAUUGCAAGCAUCAUCAGUGCAGGCACUCAUGUCAACUCGACAGCAAGUCUGGCGAGUCUACUCGGCGCAGGCGCCGCUGCCAAUCUGACCACUGGCCUGGCUAAUCUGCUAAACGCAAGCGCGACUGCAAACUUGACUGCAGAGCUGUCCAGUCUCGCCAGUGCAGGCGCGAAAGUAGCCGCCAGUCUCAACAUCACGAGCACUUCGAUCUCUGCUGCAGCGUGUCAGGGCGCUGUCGCUCAAGCCACCUUGCUCGGACAACUCUCUGCAAUCGAGAAUGUCUGUCUGAAUGUGGCAGCGGGCAGCACUGCCAACAGAACGACGCCUAGCUCGCUUUCGAUAUCUGGCUUCUCGCUCUCCGCUGCUUGCUCAUGCUUCCCAGCCAGAUCAUCCACGUCCACGCCGACGACGACGACGACGCCCAUCUGUGUACAAGCAGAUCUUGGUCUCAGUGCAUCUGGCCUACUAGCAAUGACCAAGUCAGGCUUCUCCGUAGGCACGAACGCCAACGGCGUCAGUCUAGCCGUCUGCCAAUCGCUCUAUCUGGGCGCUGCAGCAGUCUCGCAGAUCCCAUUGAUCGAGCAGUUCUGCGUCAAUACUAACGUCACUGUAGUGCCCAGCGCACUCACCCUGCUGCCAAACGUUUCCGUGGGCACAGCGUGCAAGUGCUUCUGCAAGUAGCAUUCUGUUGUGUAGAAA